UUGGUUUGGUUCUUAAUUACUGGGCUUGCCCAUCCAACAUAAAUCUGUGACCUUUUCUUCUCAUCGGUCAAGCUGAUUGGGGGUGUUGGAUUCUCCUUCCUCCGACUUCAUUCACGCAUUCAACAUCAACAUGAUCUGAUCGAUAGUGUUUCAUCUCACGUUUCCAUAUCAGGGAAAUGGGUUUGUGGACUUUACUUGAGGGUUUUUUGCUUCUUGCAAAUGCACUGGCAAUUUUAAAUGAGGGUCGUUUUCUUGCACCUAGAGGAUGGGGUUUCGCAGAUUUCUCAGUAGGAAGGACUAAGUCGUUCAAAGGCCAGCUUAUAGGACUCAUUUAUGCAACUCAGUACCUUAGAGUUCCCCUCAUACUUCUCAACUCCAUUUGCAUCAUUCUCAAAUUGGUCUCUGGAUGAUGCUUGACAAGGUUUGGAGUUUUUGUUAGAUGAUUUCACGAAGGUCUUUAAGAUAGCAGGCUUACUAAAUUCUUUUGUAGAAAUAUCAACUAAAGUAUUUCUCCUAUUUGUUUGAUAUUAUUUAUUACCACGAAAUAACGUUCUUUAAUGUAUUAACUUAGUUAGGCUCAAUUUAAAUUCAGUGUUGUAUUCAGUUU